GCGCCGCGGGGGGGUCCGCGCCUUCCGUGACUGCGGGGAGGGGGGGCUGCUGCGGCCCGGGGGGGGGCGCUGACCUCUGACCCCUCGCCUCGGUCACCCCCGCCCGCCGGGGGGGCUCGGGACCUCCCCCGAGCCUAGCGGUGCCCACCGGGCCUGCGAGCUGCCGGGGCGGUGGGGCCCCCCGGCCCCGCACCCCAAGGCCUGGGCUGGGCCUUUGCCCGGUGGCGGUCACCGCCGGGGCUUCUCCGUGUCCUUCGGCCCCCCGGGACGGAAAUCCUGAGGAAGCUGCGGCGCAGAGGGGUCCCGGGGGAGCAGUAGUGGGGAUCCAGGCUGCCCAGAGCCCUGAGCAGCUGCAGGCACGGUGUGGAAGCUGGAGCGUGGCCCCUGCAGCGGUGGCUUGCCUGGGGCCACGGAGCACCGUGCCCUGGGGGUCCUACCCCAACACAAGCGCUUGCCGAGGCGCCGCCGCCAGGACCACCGCCUCCUCCACAGCAUGGGUGCAGUGGGAAGGAACUACGGCUUCAUGUGAGAGAUGGCAAACGCCGAAGUGAGUGUCCCUGUGGGCGAUGUGGUGGUUGUACCAAGUGACGGCAACGAAGGGGAGAACCCGGAGGAUACCAAAACCCAAGUGAUCCUGCAGCUCCAGCCAGUGCAGCAAGGGAUUUACCAAGAGGGCUCAGAGGCCAGCGCUGCUGUAGUGGCCGUGGAAACGCACACCAUCCACAAGCUGGAAGAAGGGAUUGAUGCUGUUUCCCAGGCAUGGAUGUGGGUGCAGGGUCUGGGCAUACUCUGGAAUAAAGAGUCUGCUGGUACUGCUUGGGCUCAAAAUCCUGGAACGGAGAUCCUGGCUCUCCCGCGAUGACUGACCCCAGUACCAUUGAAGCGAAUGAGGAGAUUGAGAUUGCCUAUCCCAUCACCUGCGGGGAGAGCAAAGCCAUUCUGCUCUGGAAGAAGUUUGUCUGUCCGGGAAUUAAUGUCAAGUGCGUAAAGUUCAAUGACCAGUUGAUCAGCCCGAAACAUUUUGUUCACCUGGCUGGGAAGUCUACCCUGAAGGACUGGAAGAGAGCUAUUCGCCUCGGAGGAAUCAUGCUGAGGAAGAUGAUGGACUCGGGGCAAAUCGACUUCUACCAGCACGACAAAGUUUGUACCAACACUUGUCGAAGCACCAAGUUUGAUCUCCUGAUCAGCAGCGCCAGAGCUCCAGUGCCGGGGCAGCAGAGUGUGGUGCAGACUCCUACAUCAGCAGACGGGAGCGUCACCCAGAUCACGCUGUCGGAGGAGAGCAUGGAGGAAGGGAUCGAGUGGAACUCAGCUCUGACGGCCGCCGUCACCAUGGCCACUGAGGAAGGCAUGAAAAAGGACACAGAUGAGAUCUCGGAGGACACGCUGAUGUUCUGGAAAGGAAUAGCUGACGUGGGGCUGAUGGAAGAGGUCGUAUGCAACAUCCAGAAGGAGAUAGAAGAAGUCCUAAGAGGUGUCCAGCAGAGGCUGGGGCAGUCUCCCUUCCAGGUGACGGAUGCUGCAGUCUUGAACAACGUUGCUCACACAUUUGGCCUGAUGGACACCGUCAAGAAGGUUCUGGACAACAGGAAAAACCAGACAGAACAAGGAGAGGAGCAGUUUCUUUACACACUGGCAGACCUGGAGCGGCAGCUGGAAGAGCAGAAGAAACUUGCCAAGGACCAGAAGGCCAAGUCCCAAACCAUCCAGAAUGUGGUGCUGAUGCCCGUCAGUGCUCCCAAACCCCCCAAGAGACCCCGCCUGCAGCGCCCGGCCUCUGCCACCGUCCUCAGCCCCUCCACCCCCAUUCAGCAGCCUCAAUUCACUGUCAUCUCCCCCAUUGCCAUCGCGCCCGUCGGACAACAAUUCUCCGUGGGCAACAUCCCGGUGGCAACCAUCAGCCAAGGCUCCAGCCCAGUGACUGUUCACACCUUGCCCUCCGGUUCCCAGCUCUUCCGAUAUGCCACCGUGGUGUCCUCCUCCAAAACUGGCUCCUCCGACACAGUCACCCUCCACCCGUCCUCCAGCCUGGCCUUGCUGAGCUCGGCGGCUGUGCAGGACAGCGGGGCCUUGGCCAACGUGGCCACUGUGGUCAACCCUGUGGAACUGGUGGCCAUGGAGUCCGGGCUCACGUCCACCAUCCAAGCUGUGGAAGGCACCUCCGACGACGGACAAACCAUCAUCGAGAUCGACCCAGCACCAGAUCCUGAAGCAGAGACAGAGGAGACGGAGGGGAAAGCUGUGAUCUUGGAGACGGAGCUGAGGACUGAGGAGAAAGUGGUGGGAGAUGUGGAGGAGCAUCAGCACCAGGUCCAUAAUGUGGAGAUUGUGGUUUUGGAGGACUGAGUGGGGAAGGAGAGUGUUGGUUUGGGGAAUUUGUUUUAUUUUGGGCUUUUUUGUUAAGUAUCUUUUCCAGCUACCCCAUUUGUUUCCAUGGAUACUUUCAUUGUACUGUACAUUUUUUACAUAUAUAUAUAUAUUUUAUUUUUUUUUUAAAGCUGGAGAAACACGUGAGACCUGGAAAAGGCUCCGUCUCCAUGGAGCACUGAACAAAUCUGCCUGUUCACAGGGUUGAGGAGAGACUGGAUCUCUGCUGAACAACCCAAGCGGGGAGGAACUGGACGAGGGCUCUGGCACCGAGAGCGCGGCCCAGCCGCACAUGGGGCUUCUGCUCCAGCUGCCCUGACCCCCGUUAUUUUAUUUCAGAGAGACAAAAACCAGUGGCUGGUGCAUUGCUGUGCCUGUGGGAAAGGGUGACAGUUUUGGGGUGGAACAGGUACCUCAUUUGUAUUUUUAUUUUCCCCCAGGGAAGGGAAUUCUGUCACCUCAACUGGGAUUUUUUUUAAUUAUUAUUCUUGCUUUUGGGGGAAACAACGGUAACCCUGGUUUUACUGUCUGUCUUCUCCUCAUCCACACAAAUUGGUUUUAUAUCUAUAUUUUUUUGUACGUUUGCUCUCUCCCUUCCCUCGUCCAGAUUUCCCAGCUAUAAAGCCCUGGAACCUUCUCUCGAGGGUCCCCGUAUACCAAUCCCUCCUCUUCCCACAGCACUUUUCCCCCAUCCCUUUCCCUGCCGGUGCUGCAAAUGCCACUUGGAGAGUCCGAGAUCACUUCAGCCUUUUGCAUAAAGGCAAAAAAAAAAGGUCGAGCUUAAAACUGCAACGUCCCCCUGGGCUGCUCAGCGCUGCAGGGACUUUUUGGGGUGUACAGAGCAUGUUGUGCUGUUGCUUUUCCGGGAGAACUGGACUCCGGAUUGGGGCAGCUCCUGUUUACAUCGUGUGCUGGGGCUGCUCCAUGCUUGUCACUACUUGUUUGGUGGUCUUAUUUAUUUUUGGUUUUUUCUUUCUUCCUAUAAUCUCUGGGCAGGAUUAAGAACUGGCAGCUGCUGAAAUCAUACGUGCUCUGCUGUUUUCCUUUUUUUCUUCUGCUGUCUGGGUGUCUCUUGGGGCUCAGUUGCCAUGGAAAGGCAGAACAGGGGACACACUGGAUGCUGCAGUGGUUUGGGGGGGCUGGGAUGAAGGGGGAGCUGCUUGGCUGGAAAAUAUUAAGCAAAACAACAGCAAAAGAGACACAUUUGGGGUGGGGGGAAGAAAGAUGUGUUUGCCUAUUUUUUACAUUAAAAGGAAAAAUUGAACUACGCUUGAAGGGAUUGUUCAUGGUGGCAGUUCUGUCACCUCAGAGGCAGCCAGGAGGGGCAAGGAUCCCUCUGGGUGCUGCUGCUCAGACCCCUCCGGCUUGCCCAGUAUCUGGGGGUCCUGGGUGGGCUGCAGUGGCCCCUGCUUUCCCCCUCCACCCCAGGAUGCAGGGGAGCUCAGAUAUUGGGUUACGACGGAGUUGGGGUGUGGGGGCAGCAGCCGGGCCUCGGAUUUGCCAUUUUUUGUGAAAAAAUACAGCUGGGCAGCGGGGGUGCCUGGCCCUUUAAGAGCACACCCCACCCCACCUCCCCGCCCCUUGCGCUGCCGCGCCUGUUCGCGCGGGGGCGCUGAUUUCCCCUCGCAAGUCCUCCGUCGGCCCGGCAUGCACCGCGACCCUUCCCCGCCAUUGUGCCCGGGGAAAGGCCUGUGGGCACGAGGCGGCGGCGCCUGGGCCGGAAGGAGAGGCGAGAAGUGGGGGUGACGGCUGGCUAGAGCGUCAGCCGCCGCGGGCGAGUCGGAGUCCGCCAGGUAGCUGCGCCGCGCCCGCCGCCGGGUCAUGUCGGCCAGCAGCCUCCUGGAGCAGGGCAAAACAGAUCUGUGCACCAGAAGGGUGGGUUAAAUGAUGAUGAUUUUGAACCCCACCUGAGUCCCCAGGCCCGGAUGGUGAGUAAGAGUGCAAGUACCUGCUGAGGGCGGGAGGCACUGAGAGCCCCCCAGGCUUCCUGCCGCUCCCUAGCAAAGGCCAAUUUGGCGUCUGUGCAUUUCCCCAUCUCUACGUACUAUAUUUUGAUGUUUUCCACAUUUCUUAUCAUAAUAUGCUAUUUUAUACGUGCCUUUCUCCAGGCAGAAAACAGUAGAAGUGGUGGAUGGGGUGUAAAGGUUUUAGCAGCUUUUGGGGGGUGUAAGGACAGUACAGUUCAGUUUGUUUUUUUCAUCAUAGCUGUCCUGAAGUCCUGCACUUUCAGUUUUGCUGUUACAAGCUUGUUUCCCUGCUGGUUUCUGGUUCUUCGCGCCGUGCGAGGAGACACGCGACAUCGUGUUGUGGAGUGACUGCACUCGGUGCAGUUACGCUCCCAAGGGCUUUUGGAGGAUACGAUCAACGUUCUUGUCUCUCCGCCAAGUAAACUAAAAAUGUGUGUCAUGGGGUUUUCUCGACUUUUUUCACCAAAAAACCCCACAGAACACACGUGCGAUAAAGGCUGUUAAGACUUUUUGAGGGCUUUAGUUAGAAGUCAGGCUGGAGAGGGCUUGUGACCAGCUUCUGAAAGUCAGACUUCCAGAUACUUUUCCUCUUAACUUUCUGUUUAAGAUCAGUUCUGCUGUUAACUGAUUUUUGUUUUUCUUAAUGAGCUGCAGGAGAGUGACACACAACAGAUGGAGUUCACCUGAUUAGAUGGUACAAGUAAGCAUUGCGAAUAAAACAUCUACAGUAGGACUGCGGCAGUUAGUUCAUUCUCUUGGCUUCUCUUUCCAGCUGCGAUUAGUAAAAAGAACCUGUUCUGCUUUUCCUUUUCUGUAUUUUUUUUGAUUGCUUUUCCUAGACAAUGUAUAUUGUUCAGAUAAAUGAUGAGUGAUUUAUUGCAACACAAGAACAGGUUUCUGUCUGAGUUGAAUUUUCAACAGGCAUUUUGCUAGUUUGUGCUAAAGCUAUGAGGCUAAAUAUCCUUGAAGGUCCUGUCAGCUGUUGUAUAACCUUCAGAAUUCAGCCUCUCCAUUAAGAUAACUCACUGCCUUCAGCUCCCUAAAAGGUUACAAGCCUAAAUUCCACCUGCAAAGGGCAAGGGAGUGUGAUUACUUUCUCAAGUCUUGAAUAAAACCAGCUGCUUUCCUAGUAGCUGUCAUUUAAUGGGGUUUUUUUCUAUCCCAGAAGUUAACAUCACACAUUUCCAGCCUCCAUCUGAAUGUGGACAUAUUUCCUGCCAAGUGUAGUUGUAUUUAAACCUCCUAAAGAGAAUGAAGGUUACUGUAAUGUUAAAAGCAACGUGGUAUUUACCCUAUUUUUCAUGUUUGAAGAACAACCAAACAGUUAAUAUCUUUUUGUGUGUUUCACACUGGUAAAAGUCAGUUUUAAAAACAAGGAAGUGGUUGUGUUGCACAGCAGGAGGUGAGCAGAGCUGCUGCGCUGGAAAUCCAGCAGGAGUGAGGGGAAACCACCAUGUUAACUUCUAAUUACAUUUUAAGGUGACUUUAUCUCACUUUCUCUCCAUGUUGUGUUGCUCAUCAGCUCCCAUCUGGGAUUUUACACUCAAUAUCAUAGAAACAAAAACUUGGAGAGAGCCGUGGUGCUGCUGAGCCCACCAGCCAGGUACAAAAAUUUGAUAUUUUGUAGUGUGCACCUCUUUUUGAAGAUGGGAGUUACAGAUACAACGCUGAAAAAAUAAUUAAAUGAAGCCCGCUGCCAUGGAAUAACACAAGUGGUUUCUGAAAUUGUUUUCCGAGCUCUCCACACAAGCAGGAGGUGCCCAAGUUGUGAACUUUUAUGGCUCUUCAUGCAGGAGCUGCUGUUUCAGGUGUGACUGUUAGUGGCUUGUCAGCCUAAGAAAUGAGGUUACUCAGUGUUCUGACGUGCAGAUACACAGCAAGUGAUUCCUCAACAGCUUAAAAAAAAAGGAAUAAAAGGUCAACAGCAAUGGUAAGUAAAUUUAAACCCUUAUCCUAGCCCUGAGGGGAAGAUGAAUAGUGAAUUUGAGGAAAUAACUGUAAAAAAAGUCUUAGUCAUUGGAGAGAUCGAAGAGGUGGUGAAGCUUGAUUUGCGUACUGAUCAGGAGCUGUGUCCGCUGUGUGAAUGCGGGUUGUGGAGUGAAGUGGCGAGUUUGGUAAAGCAUUGUUUAUACGUUCAGGUGAACAGCAACGGGUUUGUCUUAAACCUGCUUUGAGCUGGCACUUCUUACUGUGAAGAAUAAAGGUUGGCCUGGCUAUUUUA